AUGUCAAGCAAAUUCCAGCCAAGCGUAUACAAGAGCACGAAUGGGCAAUAUUUCGCCGAGCCCGCCGGUGACCGAAGCGACUACUACUGGAUCACCGUAUAUUUCUCCGAAAACAUCGAUCACCGUGGGAUUCCAGAUUCAGAAAUUAUGCUGUAUGUAAGGGAUAUGAUUGAAAAGGGCCGCUUCACUGUAGACGAUCAGUCAAUGCAUGGUCUAGGGAAAAAGUGUCUCUCGAUCCCUAUCAAGCGGGAUCCGGAUACCCCUCUGCCUAAGUCAUGGACGGCGGAUCCUACACAUCCCGAUCUCCUUCUUGCUCAGAAUCUUGCAGGGUAUUGGAAGGAUCAGAUCGCGUUUAAGAAGGUUACUCUGGAUCAACGGAUGAUUUUUGUUGAGACUCGUCGUAAGAUAGUGAGUAUAGAAGAUAUGUUAGAUGUGGGAGUUACUCUGAUGGAUCCCUGGCGAAUUUAA